AUGGGAGUGGAGAUAGUGCAGCAGCCCACCGAAACAGGCGCGUGCGUGUGUGGUAUAUUUUCGGUGGGAAACUCGGAGUCGAUCAUGGAACAGUCGCUUCCGGUGAAAUUCAAGUGCGACACCGAGGGAGACGAGAUAUGCCAACGGCUGUGCAUUGCUAUGGCUAUGUCCAUGAAAGACACGGGACCGCAGAUGAUUUGCGAGAAGCUGAACUCGCACGUCGAGAAUCUGCAGGUCGCCGUCUACUGGAAAAUGUGUGAUCAGACCCCAUGGAAGUUCACCGGUCUGAAGAGCGCAGAAGUACUCUGCUGUGACGAGGGUCAUCCGACGCCGUGCAGACAGCGGGCUCCAAUGAUGAUGAAUUAA